UCGGCCGCAACCGAUUAUUUCGACUUCGCAGGGAAAUGGCUAUGGACAGGUUCCAGCUCACUCAUGGCCUCCAACAGUUGGCAUACCUGUGCAAGGUUGCGUUACCUCUUGGAUGGACGACCCUCAACAUGGCUUAGUUCAGGAGGCCCCGCCAGGAUGGACAAAAUACUACGACACACCCAACUGCCACGCUCAAAUUAACUGCUGUCGUGACUACGGCGUUACCGCCGCAAUGACGCCACAGAAACCUACUGCAAACAUUGCCUGGACACACGCACGCUUCGAAGGUACAAUCGGGCUAGACGGCCGCAGUUUGUUGCUUGAUGUAGGCUUUCCUCCCAACGACCAGACUUUGCUUGGCUUGGACUACAGUAUUCUGGGAGACAGUUCAAUGGCCGCUCUGGGUGUUGAGACAUCCUUCCCUCAAUCGCACAGAGCAGUAAGUAGCCAGGGACCAGAUUUCCCAUUGGAGAGGGGCAAGAAGACGAGCAUGAGAGCGGUAGCAAAUUUGGAACAACGCGUCAGGUGUUAGCAAU